UCGCCGCCCCGCCCCCGACUCCUUCCCAGUCUCACGGCACUCCACGCCCAGCUAUAUAACGCAAAUAAGCGCCCCCAGCAGCUCAGUGCGGCAGGAGCAGGGGCUUGUGACGACCACCUGAUGUGAAGAAAACGGAGCACUCGAACUCGGGCGACAUCGAACUCCCAAAGAAGGAAAGACUCGCGCGGACACUGACGCAGUUGUUAACGAAGGAACCGGAGAACAUUGAGGGAUUACAAAGUGUUUCUGCUGACUGUGUGUGUUGAUACUUGUGGCAGUUUGGAGGCCUCUUGAUUAAGGGGCCCUUUUUGUGUUGCUGGAAAGGCCGGACACGAACGAACGAACACACAAGGGAACGUCUUCGGAGCCUUCAGAAUAUGGAGCGGUGGUGGGCGGCGGUGGCCUGUGUGGCGUCCCUGGCGGCCAUCGGGACCCGCGGCGACAACCUGGCGUUCGGGAGCGGCCGCAUCACGCUGGACGCCGAACAGGUGGGCUUCCCGACGCGAGGGUUCGACGAUGACGCCUUCACCCUGGACCUGCCCGAGCUAACGCCCUCCCAGCUGGGCUUUCCCGACGUUGACACCUUCGAGGAGAACAGAGACACAACGCCACUCAGGAGGAAACGGAGGAGGGCGGACAAGCUUGGAGGAGGAGGAGGGGGCCACCACCACCAAGACAUGGCCCAUAUCCCCCUCUCGGUGCACUUCCCCCCCAUCCUGCCGCAUUCCAGCCCCCUCACCCCGGGCUACUCCUACGACGCUCCAGGGGGUUAUUCCUACGACGAGCCCGCUGGCUACUCCUACAACGAGCCCUCGAGAGGUGGCUACCUUCCCCCGAAGACGCAGUACAAGGCGCCGGACGCCGGCUACCAGGCCCCCAAGGCGGAGACCAGCUACGAGGCUCCUAAAUCUGACUACGUAGCCCCCAAGGCGGAGACCAGCUACGAGGCUCCCAAGUCAGACUACGUAGCCCCCAAAGUUGAGUCGGCUUAUGUAGCCCCCAAGGCUUACAUACCCCCUAAGGUGGAGGCAGCCUACGUAGCCCCCAAAGUGGAGGCAGCCUACGUAGCCCCCAAGGCAGAGACAAGCUACGUAGCCCCUAAGGCAGAGACGAGGUACGUAGCCCCCAAGGCAGAGACGAGCUACGAGGCGCCCAAGAGCAAGUACCUUCCGCCGACGCACUACGGGGGCUACAGCAUCCGCGACCCCUCCUACUCCACCACCAUCCGGCCGGGCUACGUGCCGCCCGCCACCACGCCCUACGCCGAGGACAUCACGCUGCUGCCGGAGUACAACUACGUCCACUGGCUCAAUAAGGGCGCCCACGGCCACGCCCCGCCCAAGUCCAGCUACGACGAGCACAAGGAGCCCGACGGUUACGACUACAAGGAGCCCGACGGUUACGACUACAAGGAGCCCGGGGGCUAUGACUACACCCCGCCCAAGACAGAGUACAAGGCGCCUGAGCCAGCCUACAAGGCCCCGGAGCCAGCCUACAAGGCGCCCGAGCCAGAGUACAAGGCGCCGCCCAAGUCCAGCUACGACGAACACAAGGAGCCUGCUGGCUACGACUACAAGGAGCCCGGGGGCUACGACUACAGCCCGCCCAAGACGGAGUACAAGGCGCCUGAGCCAGAGUACAAGGCGCCAGAGCCGGAGUACAAGGCGCCGCCCAAGUCCAGCUACGACGAACACAAACCAGCCGGGUACGAUUACACCCCCCCCAAGACGGAGUACAAGGCACCUGAGGCAUCCUACAAGGCACCAGAGGCAUCCUACAAGGCACCAGAAGCAUCCUACAAGGCACCAGAGGCAUCCUACAAGGCACCUGAGGCAUCCUACAAGGCACCAGAGGCAUCCUACAAGGCACCAGAGGCAUCCUACAAGGCACCAGAGGCAUCCUACAAGGCACCUGAGGCAUCCUACAAGGCACCAGAGGCAUCCUACAAGGCACCAGAGGCAUCCUACAAGGCGCCAGAGCCAGAGUACAAGGCGCCGCCAAAGUCCAGCUACGACGAACACAAGGAGCCGGCAGGGUACGACUACAAGGAGCCCGGGGGCUACGACUACAGCCCGCCCAAGACGGAGUACAAGGCACCAGAGGCAUCCUACAAGGCACCAGAGCCAGCCUACAAGGCGCCAGAGCCGGAGUACAAGGCGCCGCCCAAGUCUAGCUACGACGAACACAAACCAGCCGGGUACGAUUACACCCCCCCCAAGACGGAGUACAAGGCACCUGAGGCAUCCUACAAGGCACCAGAGGCAUCCUACAAGGCACCUGAGGCAUCCUACAAGGCACCAGAAGCAUCCUACAAGGCACCAGAGGCAUCCUACAAGGCACCAGAGCCGGAGUACAAGGCGCCGCCCAAGUCUAGCUACGAUGAGCACAAGGAGCCAGCAGGCUACGACUACAGCCCGCCCAAGACGGAGUACAAGGCACCUGAGGCAUCCUACAAGGCGCCAGAGGCAUCCUACAAGGCACCAGAGCCAGCCUACAAGGCGCCAGAGCCGGAGUACAAGGCGCCGCCCAAGUCUAGCUACGACGAACACAAACCAGCCGGGUACGAUUACACCCCCCCCAAGACGGAGUACAAGGCACCUGAGGCAUCCUACAAGGCACCAGAAGCAUCCUACAAGGCGCCUGAGGCAUCCUACAAGGCGCCUGAGCCGGAGUACAAGGCGCCACCUAAGUCUAGCUACGAUGAGCACAAGGAGCCAGCAGGCUACGACUACAGCCCGCCCAAGACGGAGUACAAGGCACCAGAGGCAUCCUACAAGGCACCAGAGGCAUCCUACAAGGCACCAGAGGCAUCCUACAAGGCGCCUGAGGCAUCCUACAAGGCACCAGAGGCAUCCUACAAGGCACCAGAGGCAUCCUACAAGGCGCCUGAGGCAUCCUACAAGGCACCAGAGGCAUCCUACAAGGCACCAGAGGCAUCCUACAAGGCACCUGAGGCAUCCUACAAGGCACCUGAGGCAUCCUACAAGGCACCAGAGGCAUCCUACAAGGCGCCUGAGGCAUCCUACAAGGCACCUGAGGCAUCCUACAAGGCACCAGAGGCAUCCUACAAGGCACCUGAGGCAUCCUACAAGGCGCCUGAGCCGGAGUACAAGGCGCCACCUAAGUCUAGCUACGAUGAGCACAAGGAGCCAGCAGGCUACGACUACAGCCCGCCCAAGACAGAAUACAAGGCGCCAGAGGCAUCCUACAAGGCGCCAGAACCAGAGUACAAGGCACCCGAGCCGGAGUACAAGGCCCCUGAGCCAGAGUACAAGGCACCAGAGCCAGCUUACAAGGCCCCUGAGCCGGAGUACAAGGCGCCCGAGCCGGAGUACAAGGCGCCGCCGAAGACCAGCUACGAGGAACCCAAGGCUUCCGGCUACGAUUACACGCCGCCGAAGACGGAGUACAAGGCGCCGCCCAAGUCGAGCUACGAAGAGCCGGAGUACGACAUUGAGUACAAGGUCGCCGGGAGGCGCCCGCCGCAGGUGGCCUCGUACGGCGGCGUGCUGCAUAGGGCCCACACCUCCCCCUACAUGCCCGACCCCACCGUGUACCCCGCCGAGGACCACCCCGCCGCCGCCCCUACCACCGGCUACGCCACCCCGAAGCCCGACUACGCGGCCCCGACCUCUGCCUACUCCCCCUCCGGCUACAGCUACUCGCCGCCUACAGGGGCGUUCGGCGACGUCCAGCGAGUGUACGGCGUGGGAAGCCCCAUCCCCGUGUACGGCCCCCCGACGCUCCCCCACCGGGUGCUGGACCCGUACGCACCUGCCGCCGACUACUUCUACGAGGACUACCCGCUCAGGCGCCGACGACCAGGCAGGAGGCGACGACCGGGCUUCGGACGGUUCCGAGGCAGAUACUACCGGCAGGCUGAAUAGAGCUCCCACCCUCUGGCCCGUGACCGCCCACCCCACCUCCGCCGCCACCGACCCGCCCUGCCACGCCCUGCCGCCCCCAGCAGCAGGCUGCCUGCCAGGGCAGCUCUGGCGGACCUCGUAGUAUCCACCCCGCCGCCGAGCCCUUGCCGGGCUACGACGGGAUGAAACUAUUCUAGUGACCUUUGGUGACGCCAUGUUUGUCAAGUGUUAAUCAGCUGUAGCGCCGAAGCCUUUCGGUGGUUCUCUUUACACGACACACACCCAUCAGGAGCAGGCCGAGGAGCCACGAACAUGAAUCUAGAGGAGCCUAAGGAAUAUUAAGCCAUAUAAUGUCACAGUUUGAAUCACUAAGAAUUCGGACAUUCUUAAUGAUAAUGUUAACACGAAUUUCUUAGUUCAAAAGAUUUACUUUCUUUUGCCCUCAUACAACAUGCACUGUGCCGAGGUGAACAGCUGCUCCACACCAAGCCAAAUUUAUGACUAAGUGAGCUCGGUUCAUCUAUGCUUCUUUUACAUCAGGAUUUUGACGUGGGGUUCUAUUAAGUGUUCUAAAGGUCUUAUGAAUCAGCCCUGCAAUAGGAUUCUUUUUCUUAAAUAUUUUUCUCUUGUUCCUUAGACAUCGAAUCAGCCCCGUAUGAGGAAGUUUUCCCCAUAUUUCUUUCUUUAGUCAUCCUUUCACAGUGGCUCAGAAAACAGUUCCAAAGGUAACAACUUAUUCCCACCUAACUAUAGGACUUUAGUUUUAGUUGGCCAAGUACCCAUCACCUGUUCCCUUGUCUUCUUGCUUCUUGAUGAUACACUAUUAUGAACCUAGUGAUACCCUAACAGACUAGGCUAACCAAAAUUUAAUGAUACAGAUUUUUGUUCGUGUAAAAUCUGGUAAUUCUGGGUAAACGCUUGAUGGUGAUUAGAGUUAAAAACCAUUUGGAUAAUUGCUCCUGUAUACUGCUCAUUAACAAGCUACUCUCCCCUCCCUCUUGUAGCUAAGCAAUCGUAGAUGAUGUAUUGUGCUAACGUUGUAUUUAUUAUAGAAUAUUAUUUAUGAAUACAUUAACAA